AUGGCCGACUCUUCAAGCUCAACAGCCCCUGCAGGCGGCAAGCCCGCGGCUGCUCCCAAGCCGCCUAACCCGGUUUUCAAAAUGAUGGGACUACCCAACAUCCGCUUCAAACUCCCCUCGCGCAACUGGAUGAUUUUCCUCACCAUCACCGGAUCCUUGACGAGCGCAAUCGUCUACGACCGACGUGAGAAGCGACGCACCCAACAGAAGUGGUGCGAUCUCGUGGCUCAUCUUGCAAACGAGCCAUUGGAUGUGCAUCAAAUGCGCCGGAAAUUGACUCCGAUCUUGACCGCCGCAGCUUUGGAUUAUAACGUGAUCGAGGGACGCCGGGAAGGAGAAGUGCGCGCUGGCGCCGCGGAGCACAUUCGCAAAAUCCGGAGAAAGGCCGGUGAACAAACCACCGUCGUGGAAGAGCCGAGCGUGGAGACCGUUGUUCUGGAGGCGCGAGAGAAGAUGGGCGUGACCGACGAACCCGGCCCCAAGGGUGAUUUGGUGAUUGGCCGACACACCUGGAAGGAAUAUGUCCGUGGAUUGCACGAGGGUUGGUUGGGUCCUCUUGAUCCGCCGCCCGCGCCUGUCGAAGAGGCAGUUGCUGUUCCAGAAGGUGCCGAGGAGACGAUGAAGGACAUUGCCACGGGCGACCAGCCUAGCCCGUCGCCAUCCGACACGCAAGAAUCUCCCGAGACCAAGCCCGAUGAGGCUAACAAUGGUCAAGUCACCAAGCUCGAAGAUAUCAAGGUUGACGACACCAAGACAGAAGAGCCUAAGGCCGAGCAGGAAGAGAAGGAAAAGCCCUCUAAGCCUACCGGCCCUAAGCCCGCCUACAUCACCACCGCCGAUUACCCUACUGCUCAACUUCCCUCCACUCUCCCCCAGUCUCUCGACAGCUCUAUCCCCAUUGAGUUCCCUCACAUCCUGGGCUUCACAAACACCCCUAUCCGUAUGUAUCGUUACCUCAACCAACGUCAUCUCGCUGAGAGCAUUGGUCGUGAUGUUGCCAGCAUUGUUCUGGCCUCCGCCGCUCGUCCCUACCGCGAUGAAACCCUCGGCUUCGAUUCCGAGCUCAGCGGAUCCUCUACCGAUGCGACUCCUUUCUCUUCGCCCGAUGACUCCGGCGCAGAAUUGCCCCACGGCAACCACGAGCAGCAGACUGUUCUAGCGAAGGAAGAGAAAGAAUGGCACAAAUCUAUCUACAACUCAAUUGACGAGGACAGGGAGCGCGUGUGGAUCAAUGACAUUGCUCUGGACUCACGCAUUUCCUCGCGCAUGAAGCACUCCGUCCUCUCUACCGAAGACGAGGCUCGCUCACAGCGCAUUGCCGAGCAGAAGGAAUACAUUCUCGGCGAAGAGCGUCCUGCGCCUGUUUCAUUCUGGAGAAGUAUGUGGAUCAACUACGGCUAUGGUGAGGACGAUGAAACCAUCCGCCGCAAACCCAUCCUAGGUAACAUUGAUGGCGAAGAGGAUGCGUGA